UUUAAAUUGUGCCUCCGGCCCUCCCUCCCUUCUCCAGUUCUCCACUGUCCCACAUCAUUACAAUCCUUCGAGCCAGCAACACAUAUCGUCAUCUUCUUCUCUGUCUGCCAUGGUAUCCCGGGAUGCCUUCUGUCGUUUCCAACCCAUCUCAAAAUGCAGCACACUUGAACGGCAGAACCAAACCGUCGUUUCCGACUUAGACGGCACGCUUCUCGUGUCGCGAAGCGCUUUCCCUUACUACAUGCUCGUCGCUAUCGAAGCCGGAAGCUUCCUCCGAGGACUCCUUCUUCUUGCUUCAUUCCCCUUUGUGUAUUUCACCUACUUGUUCGUCUCUGAAACUGUGGCAAUCAAAACUCUCAUCUUCAUCACCUUCGCCGGACUCAAGACCAGAGAUGUGGAGCUCGUGUCGAGGUCAGUGUUGCCCAAGUUCUACGCUGACGAUGUCCACCCAGAGACUUGGUGGGUGUUCAAUUCGUUCGGGAAGAGGUACAUCGUGUCGGCGAGUCCAAGGUUGAUGGUGGAACCAUUUGCUAAGACGCUUCUUGGGGCAGAUAAGGUCGUAGGUACAGAGCUGAAAGUCACGAAAUCUGGGAGGACACUGACAGGACUCGUUAAGGAAUCUGCAGGAGUACUGGUUGGUGAACAUAAGAAAUUAGCUCUUGUCGAGGAAUUUGGAUCUGAAUUACCAGAUUUGGGACUGGGAGACAGUGAAUCUGACUUUGACUUCAUGUCAAUUUGCAAGGAAGGAUAUAGUGUGCCAAGAAGAAAGUGUGAGCCACUACCACGAAAUAAGCUUUUGAGUCCAAUCAUCUUUCAUGAAGGACGUUUUGCACUGAGGCCAACCCCUCUAAUGGCACUUUUGGCCUUCCUAUGGCUACCCUUUGGUAUCAUACUCUCCAUCUUAAGGGUAUUCCUCAACAUCCCUUUACCCAAACAACUCUCUUGGUAUAUGUGCAAGCUUCUUGGUAUUAAGAUCAUCGUUAAGGGCGCCAAACCUCCUGCCCCACAGAAAGGACAAAGUGGUGUCCUUUUCGUCUGCAACCAUCGUGCUGUGAUUGACCCUGUGAUAACUGCAAUUUCUCUUAAGAGAAAAGUCAGCUGUGUGACCUACAGCGUUAGCAAGUUCAGUGAAAUAACAUCGCCAAUCAAAACUUUUGCUUUGUCAAGAGACAGAGAAAAAGAUGCAGAAACUAUAAAAAGACUGCUUCAGGAAGGUGACUUGGUGAUUUUCCCUGAAGGAACCACGUGUAGAGAACCAUUUCUGUUGAGGUUUAGUGCUCUUUUUGCUGAAUUAACUGAUAGGAUCGUUCCUGUGGCUAUCAACACGAAGCAGACUGUGUUUAAUGGGACCACAGUUCGUGGGCAUAAGUUACUGGACCCUUACUUUGUGUUAAUGAACCCUAUGCCUACUUAUGAGAUCACUUUUCUGAGCCAGCUUCCCCUUGAGCUCACGUGCAAGGGUGGAAAAUCCAGUUUUGAAGUUGCGAAUUAUGUUCAAAGAGCUAUUGCCGAGACAUUAGGGUUUGAGUGUACGAGCCUGACGAGGAAAGAUAAGUAUGCUAUGCUUGCCGGAACUGAUGGGCGGGUCCCAUCGAAGACGAAGAUGAUGGAGAAUAAAAAGGCUUGAAUGCAUGUUGAACAGUUAUAAAAUAUUGGAUAAAACAAGCGUAUGUGCAGCAGAUUUGUGAUGGAGUAUUUUGGUGUUUGAUUUUAUUAUUGUCAAAGUGUUUCUAGGUGUUGAGGGCUACAUAUAGAUGUAUAACGCUAAACAUAUUUGAUUGUGACUCAAUAUUUACCAUCUGCCUGAAAGUACCUUUAUCUAGGCUUUAGUGUUGGUCUCAGUCCUGAAAAGUAGCGUUUUCAUCUGUGCCUAGAAAAUAUCAAAGUCAUGCCCAUAUGCAGACUAGAUUGCUAAUGUGUAAUUAAACAUGGUAAAUCAAGUACUUAAAAUUAUUUUUGGAUAA